AUGAAUACUCCAGCGGUGCCGCUGCCACUUGCUAAUGUGGUUCUGGCUGAUGACCAGGGGACGCUGUCCGCUGACGAUGUUGAAUUCGAUGCAAUCGAAAAGCUCAAAGAGUUCGAGGUAUUGCCCACGUUAUACAGCCUCCUUCACGACUUACAAACGGGACAUAUCAAAGCCAAGGACUUUGACAACAAUGCCGGGAGUUUACGACUAAAACUCUCAUUAAUCCGUCAAUACUUGUCACAAAUUGAAGGCAUCAGCGAAACGGUGAAACUGCGAGAAGUCAAAAUUGACAAUUUGAAAACCAAAAACUACCAAAAGUGGGAGUUGCUCCAACGGAUUAAACUGCUGAUUCAGGACGGUCAGCCCGCUUUGGAGGAGGAUGCUGCCGAUGACGCCAACACUAAAAAGUCCGACACCGAAGCCAACAAAGAUGCCGAUGGUGACGUCGAAAUGAACUAA